AAAAUACGCCAGGAAAAUGUGUUUCAAGAUAUACUAGAAAGAAAAAAAGCCUUUCUGGACAAUAAAAUCAACGAGUUUAAAAAGUCGAGGAAAGGAAUUUUUCUGAAGGGGUUAGUCCAUGGCUGUGGUCAAAAAUUGGCAAUUUUUCAAUUUUUUUAUUUGAGACAAAAUACGCCAGGAAAAUGUGUUUUCAAGGUAUUCUAGGGAGAAAAAAUACCUUUCUAGAUUAUAAAAACAAGAAGUUAAAAAAGUCGUUGAAUGAGGAUUUUUCUUAAGGGGUUAGUCCAUGGGUUUGGUCAAAAAGUGGCAAUUUUUCCGUUUUUUAGUUUAGGCAAAAUAGGGCAGGAAAAUGUGUUUCACCAUAUUCUAGAAAGAAAAGAAGUCCUUUCUAGCCUAUGAAAACAACAACUUUAAAACUUCUACAAAUUGGGAUUUUUCCAAGGUUAGUCCAUGGUUUGGUUAAAAAGUGGCAAUUUUUCCAGCUUAAGUUUGUAUUUUAGGCAAAAUAGGCCAGGAAAAUUUGUUUCACGAUAUUCUAGAAAGAAAAAACGGGUUAACCCCCUUGGAAAAAUUCCGUGUUUGGGACUUUGAAAAAUGAACAUUUUUAUAGAAAAGAAGGGCAUCUUUUUUAUCUAGAACAGCACUUUGUACAUAUUCUGGCUUUAUUUCAAGGAAAAAAUAAAUAAAGAAAAUAUUGAAUUUUUUGGCCAAAAUCAUGGGUUACACCUUUUGGAAUAAUCCAAAUAAGAAUAAUAAUAUUAAGUAAAGAAAAAUUGAAAUUUUUGACCAAAAUCAUGGGUAACCAAAAGGUAGUCCAGAAAGACUUCAUUUUUGUCGAGAACAUCAUGCAACAUGAUUUUUUUGCCUGAUUCAGUUGUCUUUAAUAGUAGGACUCCGUUCCAGGAGACAGUGUUUAUGGCCCUGUUAUAAAAUCUAUUUGCUUCCCUGGUAAAAUAAAGAAACACACAAAGCCACUUUCACUCUCAGUUUAUUGCUGUCUUUGUGAGUUAGCCUGAAAUUCAUCCGAUUGCUUCGAGUAGUUUUCUGAGGGAGUAAUAACGACUCGAAGUAAUCGGAUGAAAUUCAGGCUAUUUGUGAGUAAGAUUAAAUUUAAAACGAAAUGCAAACAGUUUCAACGCUUAUUUUUGGCAGUCAAAGUUCGGUAACCGUUACCUGAAAUGCGGUUGCAGAACAACAGCUGGGUUAAGAACCUGUCCAUUCGUCCAUUUGCCUCUAUUAGGAAAAUGCCAGGCCAGCUGUACCCCACUUCAAAGGUAUCCUGGGCCUGACCAAGAAGCAAUGAGUUACCUACUGAAAUUGCUCAUGGAAUAAUCAAGAUACCUUGAGCCCAAGAAAAUGACCUAGAAAUAUUGAUAAGUAUCUGGACACUUGAGAUAAUAAUUAUUUCCAGAGUGCUGAAUCACAACAUUAAGUCCUUUUGCUGGAUUCAAUGAAUACUGCAAAAUGUCGUUGACCUGUAAAUAGGCAUUGUAAGUUGAUUACACACUUUUAUAUAUGCUUUACUGGGAAAUAAAAAGAUACUGUUCUUAUUGAGGAAUUCUGAUAAGAGACAAGUUUCAUGGUUGUAGAUGUACAGUGGGUCACUAAACUCUUUGCACCAACAGAAAUAAUUAUGUUUCUUAAAAGGGAGCUCUGCAGGACUGGGGUAGUUUCCACUAAAAAUUAAGUAACUUUCAGACUCAGCAGUAGAUUCUGUCUUUGUCUCACUUAUCAACUGACACAGAUAAGGGGUGUGGUGGAAAAAUAAUGCCAAAAACCAUGGCAAUUUACGACCUGAAUCGGUGAAGAACAUGCUGAAAAAUGAGGAAUAAAAAAAUCCGUAGUAAAUAAAGUUAAUUAAAAAUACAUAACUAAUACUUGUGUUAUUAGCUACAAUCGGCGACAAAAUUGUUGAGACAUUGUACUCAAAUACGGUAACUUCAGAGAACAUAAGAAUCCACACCCCUACCCUAUCCCCUCCAUUCAAAGUUGGGAUGUUUCUUGUUUUCUAAAGGUAGCUCGAACAGUGGCACAACAUUGCAUGGAGGGGAUGGGGGAGGAAAAGCUAUCUUUUCCCCUUUUGAAGUCCAGAAAACAUCAAAAAGCCCAUUUAGGGCGAAGUGUCUCAACUCAUUUUGUCGUCAAUUGUAGCUUAACUAUGAGCUUUUGAAAGCUAGGAAAGAAAAAUAAAAGAACAAAAAAAUUAAGUCUUACCAGCAAUCCAUCUUAUUAUCCAUUUUACUAUUCUUCUCCAGCUGAGCUCUACUUUCCUGCUAAUGACAGACCAGCAAAUUAUUGAUGUAGCUAUACCAGGGGAUGCUAGGGUGGAACUGAAAGAGAAAGAGAAGAUUGAUAAAUAUCAAGACCUGGCAAAAGAACUGAGAAAACCGUGGAAAGUCAAAACAAGAGUUGUGCCUAUUGUUAAUAUCGGGGCACUUAGGACAAUCCCAAUAAAAGAAUUAGUUGGCCAACUUGAAAGCAUAGGGGUGAAUCUUGAUGUGGCUCAGAUUCAAAAGACUGCCCUAUUAAGAACAGUUCGAAUCCUUUGACGGUGUCUUGACUACUAAGGUUGUGUAUAGGACUUGUACCAGGGCUGGCUACCAGUUGAACCCCAGGGGCCCCACUCACAUAUUUUAAUGACGGGGGGGAUGGUGCAACAGAGGUUCAUAUUUUAUACCCAAAAAAAUCCCAACUUCAGAAUUUGUCUACCCAAAAAAAUCCCUACUUUUUUUAGCAUACCCAAAAAAAUCCCUCAGUUUACUUUGUAUACAGUGUUUCCAUUGUGGUCUUGAUGACUGGCUUGAAAGGCCUUGAAUUACAUGACCUAUUGAAUAUUUCUCUCUGCAUUAGAUGCGCAUGGAGUGCCGGUAAUUACUUUUCACAUAAAUUACAAUCUCAGAAAUAUCCCGUAAUACCACACAAGCAGUAAAUUGCGCUUAUGUUAUUGUUGAUUUGAGCUGAUGAAAAAUACAAUACCCAAACAAAUCCCUGUGUUGUUUUCGCGACCCAAAAAAAUCCAAGCGUCUUUCGUAGGCCCAAAAAAAUCCCUUUUGGCCAAAAUAUCAGACCCAAAAAAAUCCUUCGGACCCCUCCGUCAUUAAAAUAUGUGAGUGGGGUCCCUGGGAGCUGAACACUGAGAUUAUGCAUCAUCAUCAUCAUCAUCAUCAUCAUCAUCAUAUUAAUAAUAGUAACAAUAAUAAUAAUAAUAAUUUGUACAGCACUUAGUCCAGUUCUGCUCUAGGUGCUUUAAGUCAAUCAAUCAAUAAAAAUAAAAUAGUCAUAAUAACAAUGUCAUGCUUUGUAAAAAGGUAAGUUCUUAAAUUGUUACAUGAAAAGACAUUGUUUAGUAACUGUUCCAGUGGCCAGGAGGAGAUAAAAUAAAAACAACAAAGUUGCUUACCACCAAACUAUGGCAUUUUCAAAAUCUGGAGGACUAGAUAACAGUCAGACGUCUCCAUUUCAGCUCAGCUGUCUACUUUGUGGCAGACCAGUUAUCUUCAAACAACCUUACUAUUAACUUCAAAAAAAGAUAAAAAAGAUGAAAAAAGAUUUUUAAAUCAAUGUGUUCCAGCAUUAAAUGUAUUAUUCAAGGUGAAAAUGAAAUUCUUGUUCCUUCAAAUCCUGCCAGUCCACUGAUGAUGAUCACACAAUAAUAAUUAUUGUAAAGGAACAGUCAGUACAAGUACUGACUGAGUAGGAGUGUUGAGUAUCCUCGAUUUCCUGGAGUUGGGUGGUGGGUUUCUCCAAUUGCCAGGUUGACAUCACAGAAAAAGGGCAGGCAUUAAAGAUGCACUUGUAGUUGAACAUUACAGAUAGGGAAGAACAGUUGCAUGAGUUUUUAGGUUUCCUCACUUACUGGUUUAUUGGUUGACCGGUUUUAUGAUAUCUGAUCUCUUGUGUUAUGCAGAUUAAGUGAUACCGGUCUCUGCUGAAACAGUUCAUCAGCAAAACACCACAGACUACACCUUCCACAAGUUCAGUUUUCAUUGAAAUCCGGCGAUACACAAGCAUCCAGCCACCGUAAGGAAUCCAAUCUCAUACAAGUAGUAUCUUCCAUAAGUUUCCUGUCUGGUUUUUGGAAUGUAUGGGGUACAUAUAUAGUCAGUAUGAGCCCUGACUGGGAAGGCACGUUGGGUAUCCUGAAUUUCCUGGAGUUGGGUGCUGGGUUUCUCUAAUUGCCAGGUUGACAUCACAGCAAAAAGGGCAGGCAUCAGGGAUGCACUUGUAGUUAAAUACUACAAAAUUAAUAGGGAAGAACAGGUAGCAUGAGUUUUUAGGUUCCAUACUUGCUGGUUUAUUGGUUGACCGGUUCUAUGAUAUCCGAACACUUGAGUUAUUCAGAUUAUUAAUAAGUGAUGCUGGCUUCUGCCAAAACAGUUCAUCGGCUAAACACCACUACAGCUUCCACAAGUUCAGUUUCCAUUGGAAUCUGGCCAUACAAAAGCAUCCAGCCACUUUGAGGAAUCCAAUCUCAUGUACAAGUAGUAUCUUCCAUGACCAUAAGUUUCCAUUCUGGUACCUGGAGUGUAUGAGGCAGACGUCAGGGAUGCAGAAGUGGAUCGAUGAUCACAAGUGUAGCAGAUCAGUCAGUAUGAGUACUGACUCAGUAGGCAUGUUGGGUAUCCUGGAUUUAAUACUGUUGGGUGGUGCUUGAAUUCCUCUGAUUGCCAUGUUGACACCACAAAAAAAAGAGAAGGCAACAGGCAUGCUUUUGCCGUUGAACACUACAGAUAGGAAGAACUGUUAGUAUGAGUUUUCAGGUUUCCAUACUUACUGGUUUAAUUGGCUGGCCAGUUCUAUGAUAUCUGAUAUCUUGUGUUAUGCAGAUUAAGUGGCACUGGCUUCCGCUGAACAGUUCAUCAGACAAUGCACUGCACCUACCACAAGUACCGCUUUCAUUAGAAUCUGGCCAUACACAAGCAACCAGCCACUGUAAGGAAUCCAAUCUCAUACCUUCUUCAAGUUUCCAAUCUGGUAUCUGGAAUGUAUGAGGAAGACAUCAGGGAUGCAGUUGUGGAUGCAGUUGUUUUCCAGCAUCUUAAAAUAGCUGCAGAUGCACUGCUGUGUAAAAAGCCUAAGGCUUAAACAGGGGUACGCGAAAAUCAAUUCAUGGUAAACUGCAUCUGGGAUCAUCAUCAAAUCCUGUGUCACUGCAGAAACAUAAACCACAGGAACUAAUAAUAUUAUUAGUUCCUGUGGUUUAUUCAAUAUGCAUGGAACAGACCAGAUUCCUAAGACUCCUAACCUCUAAUGUGAGACUGAAAGCGGCAAAAAAAAUUGCUCGGUCAAAGUAUAGAAUACUCCAUGCACUGCAUAAACUACACAAAAAGAAAACAAGAAAAACCUCUGUUGUUCAAGCUAACACUAAGGUCACGUUUCACACUAUCACGAGCUAAAUCUCUCUUGUCACAAGCUAUUAAUUGUGUUUGGCCUGUCAACACUUAAUUCAAAUCGGACUAAUCACAAACUGCAUAAGAAACUACCCAAUCAAAAACACCAACAUAUGUCGUGGUGACUGUGUGGGAUUUGAACAAGAUUUUGUGUACUAAUUCGCAGACGUUCUAUACAGAAGGUUUAGAGCAUCUGCAACGCAGGCAAGGUACACAGAGCUGCACCUAGGUUCUUCUAUCCUUUUUUUCCUCGUGAGGUUUCAUUAGCAAGCGGUGUUUUACAAGGCAGGGUUGUUAGCCCGGAGGACUAGAGUGCUAUUUAGUCUGGCCUCUCUCCCUUUGACCAAUCCGGCAUAGUUGAACCUGCCAGCAGCAAAACUCCCGCCAUCAUAGCACUAGGGGUCAUAAGGGCACACAAGCCUCCCUGCCACGUCCAGGCACAGCAUCAGGGGAGGGAAGAGCUGUUAACCUGCUUUUAAGAUGUUUUCAACCUUCCUUUGUUUCUCUGGAUUGGGGAUAAGUAAAUCCAAGAUUGUUGUGUUACACAUAUAUCAUUAUUUUAAGCUAAAGGACAAGAAGAUACACCAGUGCUGCUUCAUCCCUUUGUGGGUAACAAAUGUGGUAGUGUCUACAGCAAAACGUAUGACACUAGUAGCAAAAAUUAAUGAAGGAUGAAUCAGCUCCGAUUUCAUGUACAUGUUACAAGUCAAUAAAACUGUUACUCAUAUGAGUAAAUCACAACAACUAAAGGAAAAAUAGAGGAAGAAAUGAUGCUGCAAUACUACUGUGACUACAAACACAAUAAGCCUGGACUGUACUCGGUGACGACAUGAAGCCAUUGGCGACGAGGAGAGUAUAAAUCAUAACUGUAAGCCUUGCAACGCUAAUGGCUGCAACGUUGGAGUUUACAUAUUUAGCAACUGAAUUACCUGAUGAAUAUUAACAGUAGAGUUGUGGCUGGCCUCAAUGAUGAUGUCGGUACAGCACAUUCUUCUGACUCUUAUCCUGAGACAAAUCUGCAACUAUUAUUCCUCACAAAACUUGAAAGUUGA